CGCUAAAGCACAUUAAAGCUGUUAGCUAAAUGAGGAAGAAGAACAGCACGAGGCGCUAGCAGCGUUAGCUUGUUAGCAGGCCAGCAGCGUUAGCUUAUGUUGAGAGAGGACGGUGGUGUUUUGUUGGGAGGUUCGUGAGGUUUCUGGACAGAAAGGACGAUACGUGGUUCGUGUGGGAACUCUCAGCAUUUUCCAAAGUGUCGUAAAUGAGUGAAGAAGUGUUGAACGGAAAGACAACGUGGAUUGCUGUGAUUGUGAGACUAGCAGAUGAUCGAUCGGAGCUGCAGUGAAGAGGACGGCGGUGUUUGUGGGAGUUGGAGCUGAAGAUCGGAGCAGGAACCAUGUCUUCAGAACCUCAGGAAGGUUCUGUCAAAGAACAACUUUCUGCUGCUGAAGGAACCAUCGUCCAGAACGAGGAGGAGCUCUGUCGUCAGCGCAGACUGCUGGAUAUCAGCUGGAACCCGCAGCUUCAGCUACACAUUGCAGUUUUCCCCAAGCACUAUGUGACAGAAGAGGAUUUCUGCAACCAGCAAAGGAAUUUCAGAGUGCAACAGGAGGAACCGGAACCAUCACAGAUGAAAGAGGAGCAGGAGGAACCAGAACCACCACAUAUUAAAGAGGAACAAGAAGAAACAGAGCCACCACAGAUUAUAGAGGAACCAGAACCUCCACAGAUCAAAGCGGAACAGAAGGAACCAGAACCACCACAGAUCCAAGAGGAACAAGAGGAAACAGAACCACCACAGAUCAAAGAGGAGCAGGAGGAACCAGAACCUCCACAGAUCAAAGAGGAGCAGGACGAACCAGAACCACCAAAGAUCAAAGAGGAGCAGGACGAACCAGAACCACCAAAGAUCAAAGAGGAGCAGGACGAACCAGAACCACCAAAGAUCAAAGAGGAGCAGGAGGAACCAAAACUACCACAGAUCAAAGAGGAACAAGAGGAAACAGAACCACCACUGAUCAAAGAGGAACAGAAGGAACCAGAACCCUCACAAAUUAAAGAGGAGCAGGAGGAAACAGAGCCACCACAAAAUGAAGAGAAAUGGGGGGAACCAGAACCGUUACAGAUUAAAGAGGCCAAAGACGAGCUCUACAUCAGUCAGGAUAAAGAGCAGCUUGAUCUGAAGCAGGAGACUGAUACCUUGAUGGAGAUACCUACUUGUGAGGAAAAUGAGAACAGUGAAGCAGAUCUAAAGAAUCAGCAGAGCUUUAAUGUAAAUGAUAGUCAGGAUGAAGAAGAAAACCAACAUGAAGAAUCAACAUCAACUACAGAUGAAGAGACAGAAUCAACAUCGACUACAGAUGAAGACACAGACCCACAGAACAGAGAUCAGAGGAAGAGAAGAGACAGAAGUCAUGUCCAAAGUGUGGACAGCUCUCACAUGUCAGAAGGUCAGUGUGACUCUGAAGUACGGAUAAGCUUCAAGAAUGGAAUUUUGGUUAAGAAACGCAAACAAUCUUCAAGCAAAAAGAGACUUUCUUCUUCAAAGUCUGGUGAAAGCUUAAGAAUUAUUAAUAAUCCCUUAAUCUCCACGGAAAAUGAGUCUGAUGACAGACUUUAUGACUGUACAGAAAGUGCUAAAAAUUCUGGUUACUGGUCUAAGUUUAGAACGGACAUAAGAACCCACUCAGGAGAGAAGCCUUUUUUAUGUGAAGAAUGUGACAAAAGUUUUAGUCAUUUAUGUCGGCUCAAAACACAUGUGAGAACUCACACAGGAGAGAAGCCUUUUUCUUGUAAAGAAUGUGACAAAAAGUUUAAUCACAGAUAUUAUCUUAAAACGCACAUGAUAACUCAUACAGGAGAGAAGCCUUUUUCUUGUAAAGAAUGUGAUAAAAGUUUUAGUCAUUUAUCUAAUCUCAAAUCACACAUGAGAACUCAUACAGGAGAGAAGGCUUUUUCUUGUAAAGAAUGUGAUAAGAGUUUUAGUUAUUUAUCUUAUCUCAAAAGACACAUGAGAACACAUACAGGAGAGAAGCCUUUUUCGUGUAAAGAAUGUUCAAAACGCUUUUGUCGUUCAUUUGGUCUCAAGAGACACAUGAGAACUCAUGCAGGAGAGACGGCUUUUUCGUGUAAAGAAUGUAGAAAGAGUUGUAGUGAUUUGACUUGUCUUAAAAGGCACAUGAGAACUCAUACAGGAGAGAAGCCUUUUUCGUGUAAAGAAUGUGAUAAGAGUUUUUGUGAUUUAUCUGGUCUUAAAAGGCACAUGAAAACUCAUGUAGGAGAAAUGCCUUUUUCUUGUAAAGAAUGUACAAAACGCUUUAGUCGUUUAUCUAGUCUCAAAAGACACAUGGCAACUCAUACAGAAGAGAAGCCAUUUCUAGACAAAGAUUGUAAUGAAGAAUUAUGUGAAAAAAGGGAAAACAAGUUUUUCAAUUGUUAUCUAUCAUGCAGUAUUUAGCCUGUGUCGUAUUUAAGACAUUUUCUUCAGUACAGCAGGAGUUCAUCAGAAAUGCAUAUAUGAGUUGUGGGCAGGACUAUUUUCAAAGAAAUUAGAUUUAAAUUUUUCCAACAUUUCUUUAUUUACAUGCCCUUCUGCUAGCUUGUAGCACCCAACAGGUCCAAGCUAAAAUUAGUGUAGAAAAAAAACUGUGGGUAAUAUCAGAACUAUACAGUUUAGAGCCAGAUAGCAGAUCAGACGAGGAAAAUAAGGACGUUAAUGGAUCUAUAUGGAUACAUUGGAAUUGGAGCAGUCAAGGGAGUCUUUGGCCCUCCCAGGUUAGUUGUGUGUCACAAACCUGAGCUUUUUCAAAACUGUUGUGAGGAGGAAGAUGAGACGCCAGACCCAACAAUGAAGAUUCUUUCAAAGUAGCCUGAGAUUUCAUUAUAUGAACACAGAGCCACAGAAUGAUGGCCUCCAUACCACAUUGAUGCAGUCAUUCAAUUAAAAGGAGCCACAAUGGAUUAUUGAAUGCAUAGAAGUUACGUUUUCUAAAGUUGGAUAUAAGUGUACUGAAAAAAUUCUUUUUUUGAUUUUCUAAAAUUCUAAUUUUGUAAGCCACUAUUUCUUAGGGUUUCAUCAAUAUGCCGCUAUGAUUACAUUGAUAAAAUAAAGUAUUGUGUAGUGAUUCUAUACAUUGAGUUUCACUUUUUGUAUUGACAAAAAUACUUAAGUUUAUGAAAUUCAUUCUUUUAGAUUUACCUGUAAAAUAGAAAUGUGUUGUUUUGAAUUGUGAGGAUAAGAUUUGAUUUUUGAUGAAAUAUUAAAAUUGUUAAAUUUUUGUUGAUUGAUGUUUUCUAGUAGAGAUUAGAACUGUUAAUCUGAUAUGAGCCCUUUAUGUGUCUUACUUUGAUCUUUUAGUGUCAAUUGCUCAAAAACAACGACUUACGUUUAUACAAAAUAUGUCUAUUAUUCCAUAAAGAUGAAUUGUGCGGAGAGAAAUUGUUUGAAUAAUAAAGAAUCUUUCAGUUUCUCUAAAUCUUUUGCCAUGUUUAAAAUGGCCUUUAAAAUGAUCAGGUUAGAGACUUCUUCCUCGUUUUCAUCAUUGUUUUUGGACUUCUUACCGGUUGGUGGUUUUUUUUGGAGUCAUCGGAGUGGACCCGGUGUCUUUCCGUUUAGCCAUGUUAGCAUCUUCAGCAUAGCCAUGAUCGCUAUCUGAUAGUAGCUUUUCUUAUUCCUCGAGAGAUACUUUUUCACUCCCCCCUUUCCGACCACUUUAUGCAGGUUUUGUCUUGAUAGGUGGCUUAAUUAUAUUUUGAGGGUUCAUAUUUUAUGGUUAAAGUUAUAAUUUAAAGAGUUCAAAUCAAAUUUUGGGACACAGUUUGACCAGCCUUUAUCUUGAGCUGCCGAUCAGCACGCCAUCUUGGCUUGCUCUCUUUUAGAAACUCUGAUCUCUCUUCUACUUGUAGCUCUUGAUGUGGAGGGGGCGGAGCCUGAGGAGGAAGCAUCUGUCUGCAGGUGGUGCUGUAGCUUUGGGCAUGUUUUCCAACUCUUUAGCUUCUGCUGUUCAUGGAGUCGUGUCCCUCUGUUCUUGGAAAGGAGAAACAAGCAGA